AUGGGGCGGGUGUGGCGCAGUCGGUUAGAGGAUCUGAACAUUCGUCUUGAACGAUACAUUUCUCUGGUGAAAGGACUCGAACAUGAGAAUGUACAACUUGUCGGCGAACUUCGUAAAAUGCAUGAUCUUUGGGGUCAACAUAAUGCUGAAUACAAGGUCACAUUGAGUAGCAGCUUAGUUGUGAGCAGAAACGAAUACAUUUCUACCGUUAGAACUUCGGCGCAGCAAGCAAUCCGAGCAAAACGUAUACACGCAAAUAUCGAUUUGUUUAAUCGCAGAAUAGAAAGCGUUCGACAUGCUCAGGAGGGAGAUCGUGCAAGAUGUGCGGAGCUACAGUCAGAAAUUUCUAAAGCUGAAGCAGAUCUUCAAAUUCAUUUGAGAAACAACGGUCAGUUGGCGGAAGAACGUGCUCAGUUGACCGCUCAAAACGCUGGACUUUACAGUGACUUUGAUAGGAUCUAUGAUGAACUCGAUGUUAUCCGUCUUGAGUUAGCUGAGUGCAGAGGAAGAGAGGAACGACUACUGGCUGAGAAGGACUUCCUAUUAAAGGUACAAGAACGUGAGAUAAUCGAGAUCAAAACUCUGCUUGUUGAAACAACGUUCGAUGCUCGCAAAUUCUUUGAAAAUGAUAUUGCCCUUGCCAUCAGAGACAUCAAGAUAGAGUACGAGACAUCGCACAAGGUUAUUCGCACAAAUGUCCAGAGCUACUAUUAUAAGAAGAUCGAUGAAAUGCGCCGAUUAGUUGAAUCAAAGAGCUCUGAUGAGAUAAGACACCGUAGGGAACAGAUUGGAAAGAUGGAAAGCGUGGUUGAGGAUUUGAGAGGACGAUUCGGCCCUCUAGAAGAGAAGAAUCGUAUUCUGGAGAACGAAUACAGACAACUGCAAGGCGCUAUGGUAAGCGAUGAGGAACGUUAUGAGGCCGAGAAGCGACGUCGUGAAGUCGAGUACAGAGAUGCGCUCGCAAUGUAUCAACGUCUACAAGUAGAAAAGGGUUCGAUGGCGGAAGUCACGUUGUUGGAGUUGGAGAUCUACAGAAAGAUGAUUGAAUGUGAAGAGAAGAGAUGGGGACAUCGAGAAGUUGUAAAAAUGGUGAAAGAAUCAUUUGCCCAGAUCACAAAACAUCGAACAUAUUCGGGUGAUAUUCGUAUAAAGGAUUGUGAUGAACACGGAAAAUACGUCAUUGUAGAGAAUGCAGGUCACAUUGGGUAUCGCCUUAGCGGCUACCGUAUCAGUAGAAUAGUGAACGGUUCUGAGCGAUCAUUCACAUUCCCCGCUCUCUUUGUUUUGGCUCCAAGAGAGACUGUACAGGUGCUAGUACAUGGCUACAAUCCGGAGAAAUGUGAUUAUUCCCAUCAAUUAACGUUUGACGGUGAUAGUUGGGGAACUGGCGGAACUGUGGUGACACAUCUCUUUAACAAUCAAGGAUCCGAGAUUUCAAAUUUUGAUGUACGCCCAGUUUUAAAUACAUCUACAACAUUGUGA